AUGGACUGCAUGCUGUGCACUUUUCCAAACACGGACCGGAUGGUGAGCUGCUGUGUCUGCGGGUCGUGGAUGCACUACGAGUGCGUCGGCGUCAACGAUAGCAUCGCGGCGCAUAGUCGGUCGUUCUACUGCCCUCCAUGCCAGAGGCCGACACCAAGACCCCAGCCACCAGUGGAAGAACCCGGCAAGAAACACGAUGGCAAGGCCAAGAGUUCCAAGGCGGGGUCGAAAGCGGGAUCGAAGGCGGGUUCCAAGGCAAGUUCGGUGCAGUCCGGCGUCGGCGCACGAACCAGAUUGGCUCAGCUGAAGAUCCAAAAGCUGGAGGAGCAGAAAAAGCUUGCGCUACAACGCCUGGAGCUGGAGAGCAAGCAGCGAGACGCGGAGAUGGCUGCCAAGAAGCAGGUGCAGGAAGCGGAACUAGCGGCGUUGAAGCUACAGGUCGAAACUGAGGCGCUCGAAGAGACGUUCCGACUGCUCGAGGAGUUGGAAAUCGGAGAUGAUGACGGCGAUGGCCGAAGCGUGGCUUCGGAGCAAAGUUCGCGCAGCAAGGUGAAGAGGUGGCAGCAGAAUCAGGAGGUAAUGAGCUCGACGCUUUUGAGACCGACGAAGACUUCAGCUGGAACUGGUCAACAAGCGGGGAACCCGACGACAUCUGGAACAGUCGCUGGUCAGGUGGGACAACCGGCCGGUGGAAACCGAACCGUUUUAGAUAGGGCGUUAGACGGGAUUUCCCUGAACGACACAGUAGCGCAGUCUACUCUGAUCCAGAGUCUUCUGUCAAGACAACCAGUGUUGAAUUCGGAAGUGAGUGCGAGUAGUGUUCAAGGGAACGGUCAGCAGAUGAAUCCAGGAGGGCAAUCGCAAACUCAACCGGGUCCGCAGCAGUCAGCAGGAGGAACUACGCAGACGCACACUGGGACUGGAGGAGGGCAGACAACAGGGGGGCGACCGCAGUCGUUUACGAAGCUUCCGGGUUUGCAAGAACCGCCACGGGCAGAUAGAAGCCAGGUGGACGGCAACGAUGACACACCGGACUACUACGGACCGACUCCGCAACAGCUCACUGCCAGGCAGGUGAUCUCGAAGGAGCUGCCCGUGUUCACGGGAAAUCCUGAGGACUGGCCGCUGUUCAUAAGCGCGUACGUCAACACGACGAACGCGUGCGGGUUUUCGGAUGCAGAGAAUUUGGCCAGGUUGCAGAAGUAUGUUCGAGGCUACGCGUACGAAAGGGUGCAAGGACGCUUGCUUCAUCCGGCGGGAGUGCCGCACGCUAUGGCCACGUUGGAGAUGCUUUUUGGACGGCCGGAGAUGCUGAUUCACUCGUUGCUGCAGAAGGUGCACAACGCGCCAGCGCCAAAGCCGGACCGGCUUGAGACCUACAUCGAUUUCGGGUUGGCGGUUCAGCUGCUCUGCGAUCAUCUGGAAGCUGGAGGACACGAGGCACACCUGAACAACCCGAUGCUGCUGUUCGAGCUGGUGGAGAAGCUGCCUGCGAACGCGAAGCUGGAUUGGUCGCUGUACAAGGAGCGUUGCAGCCAGGUGAACCUGACGACGUUUGCGUGCUACAUGUCAGCGUUGGUGAAGGCAGCCUCGGACGUAACGCUUAGCUAUGGGUCCAAGCAGCAACAACAGCAGGCGCGGGUUGCGAAACUGGACAAGAGCAGCAAGGACAAGAACUUCUGCGGCGCGCACUCCUCCGAAGACGUGUCACGGACGCCAGUCAAGGAGGUUACGGAGAAGAAAGCGGCGCCGGCGUGCUUCGUCUGCAAGGACCCCAAACACCGCGUUAAGGAUUGCGCCGAGUUCGGGAAGAAGACGCUGGAAGAACGUCGGAGGAUAGUCGACGAAUACAGACUGUGUGGCAAUUGUCUAGGUGUUCACGGGAAGAAGCCGUGUCGAAGCAGCGACAAAUGCGACAUUGACGGGUGCCAACAGCAGCAUCAUACUCUGCUGCACUUUAAGCAGAAGUCGGGAGCCACGGAGUCGAAGCGCGCUGAGCAGAAGCGGGAGAAGAACGAACCGAAGGUGUCAGGAGCGAACGCGAUUACCAACCAUCACUACGCCGGGAAGACGGCGCUGUUCCGAAUCAUCCCAGUAGAGCUGCACGGGAACAACCGUACGGUGUCAGCUUUCGCAUUCUUGGAUGACGGAUCGUCGAGGACGAUGGUGGACGAGGAGAUCGCCAAGGAGCUCGGCGUCGACGGUGAGGUGCUUCCGCUGUGCUUACAGUGGACGGCGAACGUGAAGCGCACCGAAUCGGAGUCUCAGCGGAUCGCGCUGGAGAUUUCCGGUAGCGAAGACGAGGCCAGGUUUGCGCUUAACGACGUGCGGACGGUGAAGAAGCUGGAUCUGCCACGACAGUCUUUGCGGUACGCAGAACUGGCUAAGACGUUUCCACAUCUGCAAGGCCUGCCGGUGAAGGACUACGCUAACGCUGCUCCACGCAUUCUCAUUGGGAAUGACAACGCUCACGUCACGGCGAUGCUGAAGGUCCGAGAAGGACAGCCUGGAGAACCGAUUGCGGCGCGAUCCCGACUCGGGUGGACAGUGUACGGUAAGCAGGACCAUACUGCUGGACGCGUACACAGUUUUCACGUGUGCGAAUGCCAGGACGACCAAACGCUGCACGAACUGGUGAAGGAGUUCUUCUCGGUUGAAAGCUUGGGUGUGGAAGCGACAGCAGGUCCGGAAUCUGAUGAAGUCCAGAGAGCGAACAAGAUCCUGCAAGAAACGACGAAGCGGGUCGGCCAGCGAUUCGAAACGGGGCUGCUGUGGAAGUACGACUGCUUCGAGUUUCCCGACAGCUAUCCUAUGGCGAAGCGUCGACUGCAGUGCUUGGAACGACGAAUCCAGAAGGAUCCGGUGAUUGGCGAGAGUGUCGUGAGGCAGCUGUCCGAGUACCAGGAAAAGGGGUACAUCCACAAGGCCACCCCGGCAGAACUGGAAGAAGCUGACCCUCGGCGCACAUGGUACCUACCGCUAGGUGUCGCGCUGAACCCGAAGAAGCCGUCGAAGGUCCGCAUUUUCUGCGAUGCUGCCGCCAAAGUGGACGGAGUCUCGCUGAACACGAUGCUGCUCAAAGGCCCGGAUCUUUUGAAGACCCUUCUGCACGUGCUGUUCGGUUUUCGGGAGAAGCGAGUGGCACUUUGCGCCGAUAUCAAGGAGAUGUUUCACCAAGUCAAGAUUCGGAAGGAAGACCGGCACGCUCAACGUCUGCUGUGGCGUGACGACUCAACGAAGGAACCAGAAGUCUACUUGAUGGACGUCGCGACGUUCGGGGCCACAUGUUCGCCAUGCUCGACGCAGUUCGUCAAGAACCGGAAUGCAGAGGAGCACGCGCACGACUACCCCGAAGCUGCGGAAGCCAUCAUCCGAAAGCACUACGUGGAUGACUACCUGGACAGUGCCGAUUCGGUGGGAGAGGCGACGAAGCUGGCGUUGGAAGUGAAGCACGUACACUCUCUAGACGGCUUUGAUCUCCGGAACUGGCUGUCAAACUCCAAGGAGGUUCUCGCACGGGUCGGGGAGAACGAUCCUGCUCUCGAGAAGUGCAUGCAGUUGGACAAGAAUGACCCGAUGGAGCGAGUGCUGGGAAUGUACUGGAAGCCGGACGAAGACGUCUUCACCUUCACGAUGACGCUAACGUUCGAUGCCGAUCUUCCUACGAAACGGCAAGCGCUGCGGAUCGUAAUGUCGCUCUUUGACCCGGCGGGAUUGCUUUGCUUUUUCAUCAUCCACGGCAAAAUCCUGAUCCAAGAGGUGUGGCGAGCGAAGACCGAGUGGGACCAGAAGAUUCCGGACAAGCUGAAGGAGCGCUGGAUGCGGUGGAUUGCUAUGUUCAAGCAUCUGAGCGAGGUGCGCAUUCCCCGCUGCUACUUCUCAAAGUACUCGAUCGCUGACAUUGUGUCGCUCCAGCUGCACGUUUUCUGUGACGCCAGCGAGGAAGCCUACUCGUGCGUAGCGUACUUUCGCGCGGUGUACUUUGACGGGACGAUUCAAGUAGCGCUGAUCGGGGGAAAAGCUAAAGUGGCUCCACUCAAGACAUUGUCUAUACCCCGAUUGGAACUGAACGGUGCGGUUAUCGGAGUACGGUUGCGGAAGUCGAUCACGAAUGGCCACAGCCUGAAGAUUGACAAGACCGUGAUGUGGACCGACUCGAGAACGGUGCUGACCUGGAUCAACUCGGACCAUCGGAACUACCGGCAGUUCGUGGCGUGUCGGGUAGGUGAGAUCCUGUCGAAGUCGGACGCCGCGGAGUGGCGCCACUGUCCUGGAAAACUGAAUCCAGCGGACCUGGCCACGAAGUGGGGCCCGAGGGGUCCAAGUUUCUCGCCGGAUUACCCGUGGUACGUGUGGAGACUGAGAUUCCCACGUGUCGGGAUCUCCAGUGUGGCCGAGACGCCACCAGACUGUUCGACCGCUGCCGAGGGACUGGCUUACGGACGUUUCUUCAUCCAGUCGCGGGAAAUCGAGUGGCCCAUGGACGUGAAUCCCACAGAGGAGACGACGGAGGAAGAGUUGCGUGCCUAUCUGGUCCACAGCGAAGCGGUGACUAAGCUGACAAUCGACUGGCAACGCUUCUCUGACUGGACGCGGCUGCUGCGGGCGGUGGCGUACGCUCUCCGUUACAAGCAGAACUUCGUAGAGAACUACCGGAAGCAACCGCUAACGAAGGGACUGCUAACGCAGGAGGAACUGUUGGUGGCGGAGACGACGAUCUUCCGGACAGUGCAGAGUGAAGCGUAUCCAGACGAGGUGGCCACCUUGUCCGUAGCGCGCGGAAAGCGGACGCCGAGACGUCAGGUGGAGCUGGAGCGAACCAGUCUGAUCCGGAAGCUGUCGCCGUUCAUGGACGAAGCGGGAGUGAUUCGGUCGGAUUCUCGGAUUUCCGAAGCUACGUUUGCGUCGCACGACACUCGGUUUCCGAUUAUCCUACCGAAAGGCCAUCAGGUGACGAACGUGCUGCUGUUUUGGUACCAUCGGAAGUUUCUUCACUCCAACGGCGAAACGGUCGUGAACGAAGUGAGACAGCGAUUUUUCGUAUCCAUGCUGCGUACGGAGGUGCGAAAAAUUCCAAAGAAGUGUCCACUGUGCAAGCUGAAGCGAGCGAUGGAAGGGAAAACUUUGGCUAUCCCACGCAUGGCCCCACUCCCUGCAGCGAGGCUGCAGGCCUUCGAGCGGCCGUUUUCCUGCACCGGUAUCGAUUACUUCGGACCAAUCGCCGUACGAGUGAAUCGCAGCACGCCCAAGAGGUGGAUCGCAUUGUUCACGUGCCUCACUACCCGUGCCGUGCAUCUCGAGGUGGUGCACACGCUGACAACCGAGUCCUGCAAGCAAGCAAUUCGGCGGUUCAUCGGACGCAGAGGAGCGCCGGCGGAGAUACGGACCGACCGGGGAACGAACUUCGUAGGAGCGAACAACGAGCUGCGACUGGAGAUGAACAAGCUGGACGGCCAACUGGCGGAAACGUUCACCAACACCAACACGCGAUGGAUUUUCAACCCGCCAGCUGCGCCCCACAUGGGAGGCGCUUGGGAGCGGUUAGUGAGGUCGGUGAAGACGGCGUUGGCAGCGAUGUACACCUCCAGGAUCCCAAACGAGGAGACUUUGGCGACUCUGCUGGUGGAAGCAGAGAGCAUCGUUAACUCAAGGCCGCUUACGUUCAUCCCACUGCAGUCGGAACAGCAAGAGGCUCUGACGCCAAACCACUUUCUACUACUGAGCUCACGCGGAGUGGUUCAGUCCCCGAAGACGUCGAUGGAACCGAAGCUGGCAUGCAGAGGAGAUUGGCAGCUUUGCCAAGCGAUGCUGGAUCAGUUCUGGCGGCGUUGGAUCCGCGAGUAUCUCCCGACGAUUGCUCGCAGAACGAAGUGGCUGGAGGAGGCAAUGCCGAUCGAGGUAGGCGACUUGGUGAUCGUGGUGGAGGAGAAGGUACGGAACGGCUGGAUCAGAGGACGGGUAGUGGAGGUCAGCCCUGGACGAGAUGGGAGAGUACGAGAUGCGGUGGUGCAGACGGCGGACGGUUUCAUACGACGACCGGUUGCAAAACUUGCGCGCUUGGAUCUGGAAGGGUGUAAGCCUGAACCGGAAGUUUCGGACCAGCUUAACGGGUCGGGGAACUGUUCCGACGCGGCGCAGAAAAUGUCACGCACAAGAAGCCCCCCGCGGGAUCGAGUGUGUAAAGGUCGGUCGAGGUACAGUCACCGCCGUAAAAGUACUUCUCGGGCAGACAGUGACGUUUGUGGGACGAAACGCCAAGCGAAGUGCGCGAAGGUAAACAAAACGUAA